CCAGCCAGUUCCUUCGUCCGUAUUGCGGUUCAACGGUCAACUACCUAAUAGUUGUAAUGCUGACCACACUUUUAAACUUGAAUGAUGGAAAAUCAAUUACAACUCUCUGCGUCUAUUUCAAUUAUUUUGUGCGUCCAAUUCCUGCCCCAAGCAACAGCAACCCGUCUCAACAACGCCGGCGCUGCACUCAACUGCCACCAGGUACUUCGCUCAAUUUUUUCGAUUGGGGAACGAUCGAACCUACGGGACGAUUGAGAGCCAUCGGCCAAGGUGGUUGUUAGCGUGCGGGACGGGCUGUUAGGCUCAGGAUCCCAAGCGCGCGCGCCCUGAGAGUAAUGUGUACUGGUUCAACUACAGUUGCAAUAAUGAUGGUACUGACUAAGGCCUCCCACACAAGCCCAGUGUUUCUCAUUCGUCUUCUUUCGGGUUUGAAGUUAGCAGCCCGCCUGCAAUAGUUAGUUUGAACCGUUACCGCUACGCUAGUCAAUUCAACGGAGGGGGGAAUAUCUAAUCGCUGACGGCGAUGUUUUUCGCCAUGUGGGUAUCGUUGUCGCAUUGAUAUCCAUCUCUUUUUGUGGAUGGAUGUCGACCGAUACGUGCGUGCCAGGCUCUUACACACCCCAUUCAAUGUCAUAAUUUACACAUGCGCACUCAUUCAGACUGGAGCUGAUGCUUCUUCUGCUUCCCCCCCCACUGAACCCAAAGCCUUCAGCUCCUCGAAUCAUAAAAUGUCCAUCUCCAACCAAUCGUAAUCCCCGCACCCCGCUUACCCACUCUCUCCAGAACAACCAAAAAAAAUCAUCAAACCAUCUACAACUUCCCAUUCAGCUCCACUUAUCCACCAAUUGUUUCUGGUUUCUUCUUCUUUUUCAUCCCUCGUCUCCUUUCCCCAUAUCAUGCCAAUAUCCAAUUCCGCAGCCACCACGCAUGCCCAGUCUCCAAAAUCAAGCAAGAUCUGCAGCUAGUCCGCCGACGAUAUUCGCCCCUCACUUCGUUUCGCGAAACAAGGAUACAAAGAUCGGCAGCCAUCUAUUUCAGUGGCUAGCCCAACUGGCAAACUUAAGCGAAAACGACCAGGGGCACAUUGGGCUCCAGAGAAAAAGGUGCCCUGUCUAUCGUUCGUUUCGUUUGGGGCUACCUUUGUGGAGAAACGGACAUGAGUUGUGUAUCAUUGCUGCGUGGGGUUUGUUCUUUUUUCAAAUGAAACGAAGGAUUUUGUUAUACGAGAGGUUUUUUUUUGACUUGCCUGGAUGGUGA